CAAUAUUUAAUCAUGGGAAGCAUCUUCAUUGAAAUUUAGGUCAUACGGAUCAAAAUUCACUUCCCAAACCUUGUUUGAUAUGUUCCAAGUUCAAAAUCUCCCGCCAUAUCAGUAGUUCGCAUUAUGUCCGUGCCGCAGCGCUGUAUGUUGUCCCCUGAAUGUAGGCAAUUUCAAGGAGCCGAGGAACCAAGAAUAGUUUGAUAAAAUUAGGACUCAAAAGAGAACCAAAUGCCUUCGGCUGUUGUAAAUCUUGCUUUUUGUUAAAGUUUUGCUUCAUUUAAUAACGACCACCGGUCGGCAGAUAGACGGUAAAAAAAAGCACAAAGGAAAUCUGGACUAAGGGGUGGAAUGUCAUUGCGAAGAAAGGGCUGCUACCAUGAAAUCAAUGGUGCGACUUAGUUCUAACCACCACAAACUUGUGGUAUUUGAUCUAGACAUGACUCUAUGGCCAUUUCGACUGGACAAGCAUAUGAGGGGUCCAUUUAGUCACAAUACCUCAAGUAAAGAUGUAAUUGAUUCAUGCGGGCAAGAAGUAUGUCUCAUGGAAGAUUCUCUACGUUGCCUGGAGUACCUGAAAAUACAAGGGUAUCAAAUAGGAGUUGCCUCCCGUAUCAAAGACAUCAGCGGUGCCUAUCAACUCAUCAAUCUUUUAGGUAUUGCACCCUUUUUCGAUUAUAGAGAAAUAUACCCAGGCUGCAAGAAGCGCCACUUCCACAACAUACAUCAUAAAUCAAAUCUCGAUUUUGGAGAAAUGAUUUUUUUUGACGAUGACUUGAGAAAUAUUAGAGAUGUUUCAAGUCUUGGGGUCACAGCAAUCCAUGUUCCAGAAGGCAUAACAAAAUCCAUUGUGAGCAGUAUUUGCUGAAUAUAAGAUCAAUGUCUAGCCAUGAAUCUUGAUGCAACAGUUUUGUUUCUCAAGAAAAUAAAAACUGAACACAUAACACCUAA